AAGUAGUUCCAGCGAACGUACUUCCUUUAAGAAACAUAAAGGGUCUCAACAAAGGGAAGCGAAAUGGCGGCAAACAAGAAGCAAAGUAUUUCAACAAAGCUUGAAGAAGGCGAAAAACGAGCCUUUCCAGUUAGUUUCGGCAAAUCUUGGAAAACAUGAAUUUAUGGUAUAUUCCGUCAAUUCUAGGCACACUUACCUUGUUUCAGUGACAACUACCCCGCAUUGUGAAUGUCCCUUUUAUAUUGUUAAACAGAACAACACUCAGAAAAUAUGCAAACAUAUACUAUGGGUGUAUUUGUUUGUGUUGGAGAUCCCCGAGGAGAGUAAACUAAUUAACCAAGUAGCGCUACUAGAAUCUGAAAUACUGGAGCUAACAUCUAACGCUCCAGCUGUAAUCCCUCCCCGACUAUUCAGACCAUCUUCAACAACAAGUGGGUCUUUCGCUCAUAACACACAUUCAUCGGCAAGUAACAUGCCAUCUACUUCAACAGCAAACAUCUCUAGUGGUAAAGUACCGAAGAUGACGAAUGACGAGAUCAAUGGUUUGUUUGAAAAUUCGCCUCUUAACACCGCUCCUCAAGUUUGGACAGCAAUGAAGAAAAUUGGCAAGGGAAAACAACCAUCUUGUGCGGGGUGCAGAAGCAGCAAAAUACUUCCGGGAAGAAUUUGCAUCCACGUGAGCG